CGAGUAUUUUUUACACUACAAACAAGCCACGCAGCAAGCAACCCUCCUGCUUACUAAAAUUCACUUGCUCUUUAACGCCACACACUUGUCGAGCUUAACAAGUGAAUUCCCAUCCGUGAGAGCGGAAAAGCACAGACAACGUAGGGGUGAGGAAAUCUAGAAAUAAGGUGCUCCUCUCUUCCGAACAUAUUGCUUAAUAACAACAAAAUUAAUACGUAACAACGACAAUAAUAACAAUAAAAUAUUAGCAAUCCUACAACGCCAACGAGUGUGUGGCACCACAUCCUCAGAAACAAAUUCCUUUACUCAUUUUCAUUUAAUCGACCAACUUACAUUUUGCGUAGUGUGCAUUUUGCUCACACUUUGAUGAGUAAUUAUUAUUGAAGUUGAUGUGGUAAAUAAUUUGAGAUUGGAUGAGUCACGCGAAUACCAUUUGCAGGUGCAAGAAGUACCAAAUUUGUGCAGGAAUCGUAUUACUUACUUACUACUCGCGUCGUUUUGUGUUAGUUAAACCUGAGCUUGUAGAAAUUUGAGUCCUAAAAAAUCUCAAGAGUCUCGAGAAAUAAAGUGUGAAUAAAUAUUUGAGUAGUGAGAAAAACAGGCAGGAUACAUAGAUAUUUUGCUAAAUAAAUUUUGCAAUAUUAUUUCCUCUCAAUAUUUUUACUCUUAAAAUUCAUCACAAAAAUCAUCACAUUACAAAACGAGCCUAGAAGAUUCACCAAACUCUAUCCGAAGUAAAAUAAGGCUUAAAUAAACCGACGCGUUACAACACCUUCAUUUUUUGAACCCUGAGCCGUGACUGCUUUAUUGUAUGGAAGGGAUGUGUGCUGGGUGAGGCGGAGUCGUAAAAAAAGAAAAAGAAGAAGAGGCAUUCAUUCCACACAUUAUUAUUAUUCGCGAGGAGUGACGGUUUGCAAAAUUUCUGGUCCUGGUGAGUGAAAAAGCCAGCCAGCCACGCACGUCACGAACCACCUGCGAGUGAAAUAGUGUUUAACGGAUGUCCAUGAGCACGGAAGAACGCAUUUUCCAAUCCAAUCCGCUCUGAAAAAAAGUACACGAAUAAAUCGAAUCGACUGCAAACUGUGCAUGUGUCCAUUCACAUAAAACCAGCAUUCUGUUAUGACUACGACGACUAUUUGUGUAUCCGGGUGAUGAAUAAUUGACAAGAAGAGAGAAGAAGAACUCGGCCCCUCGUGCAUUUCCAGUGCUUCAUAUAUCCAAAAGGACAUUUGUGUAAUCAAUACAUCGGGAAAUAUACGAUUCCGGUCGAAAAUCGCAUCGAUUCUUGGGAGAAAUACGUCUUUUUUUAAAGUGUUAAAAUGUGGUCAAUUUUGACCCCGUCGAUUCUUCUCGUCAUUCUCGUGGGACGGCAGGGGACCGAGGGGACGUUGUGUUACCAGUGCGACUCGUGGGAGCAUUUGGGCUGCGGGGAGGAUGACUAUUUGUACGAUAAGGACCGUGAAUUCCUCGUCCCGUGUAACCCGCUGACCUACUCGCAGUCCUCCGGCCAGUAUCAGACCGCACCCCAAACCUGCCUCAAGGAAGUCACUUACUUUCUACACGACAAAAAUUCACCAGUUCUUGACCCCUAUCAUAGAUAUAACCGUCCCCACGUAAUGCGUCACUGUGGUAUUUCCCUCAACCCGGCCUACAACCGGGGGGAGGAUUACUACGACCGGUGCGUCAAGACGGAAGCCGUCGUCAACGGGAUUAAAGCGGAGCGGUGGAUCUGCUCCUGUUCGGGGGACGGGUGCAACUCUGCGACCCGUGGCGUCGUCACCACCGUCUGGAUUUGGUGCACUGCUCUCGCACUCCUCGUCACUUCCGGCACACUCUUUUAAACCUCUUCUUAGACCUACAUACGUCUUUUUAAUACUGUAAAAAAUAGUUAAAAAUUUAUACGAAGUUUCAACGGGUGUAAAACUGCGAAUUUUAUAAUGCAACCUUUUCAACGGGUCUUUUUACUUUGGGAAUUGUACGUCGCUCGAAAUUUUUUGGGCAAAAAUCAAUCCAAAAAAUGAGAAUGAUUUUAAAAAUUGAAGUUAGCUCUGCCCCUUCAAAAUUUGAUUCAGAUUGUAAAAAAAUGCGAUUUUGGAAACUUUCACCCUCAAUUUUUAAACAAUUCCAAGUUUUGGGUUUAUUUUUAACCAAAAAAUCUCUCGCAGUAUUUCGCAAACUGAAUACACACACAUUUUCUCGUUACAAAAUUUGCAGUUUUGCAGAGUAAUUUGACCUACUAAUUUAUACAGGUAGCAAGUAAAUAGGGGAACAAAGCGUCAUAUUUUUGAACCAAAUAUUUUUCAGACAAUCUUAACCAUAGUGAAUAAGUAAUUGUACAUAUUUACAUAUGUAGCAUUUCCUCAUAAAAAUUCGCCCUCUCUUCUUCCACACGUAUGUACAAAGUAGAUAAGAUAAGAGAUCUACCUUUUAGAGAAAAUUAGUACCAGUAGGAAAUUAUUUACAACGAGGGGAUGAGUAAAGUAACGACGAUUUGAUGGCAAAAGGCGACUGGUGCUCAGUGCAUGAUCUUAAAUAAUUAGAAAAGAAGUUAAGUAAAUUAAUUUAGCUAAUUAAUUUUUCGAGGAUUGUAGAAAUUUCAAAUUUUUUGUUAUGUCCAAUUUCGAAGAAAAUUUGCUCUCAUUUUUUUAAAUU